CAUAAAAGAAGGAAGAAAGGAAUAACUUCACCCUUCGGUGCCUUUAUAAACCGCGCGAACAAGGCAGAGACAGAGAGGCGAAGCGAAGCGAAGCGUUAUAUAAGGACUCGUCGUCGUCCGAGCGUUUUUGUAGCGGACGGACGCCGUUAUCUUCUCCCACGUGACAGGUUAUUUUCAUGAUUUCAUCAUUCCGUCACACACAAAGGGCCAAGCUACAUUUGUAUCGGACGUUAUAAUAAAAUAAUUGUGCCGGGACAUGGUGGCACGUUACUGACAAAGCACGUUGGCCAACACGCGUUUCCCCGUGAACAAUUACACCAUCUCGAGGCGAGUAAUGCACCGCCUCCACGUCGCCUCGUAUCGUGUCGCAUGCCGACGCCGUGGGCGGUGGCGCCGUUACCCCGUCGAACAGUAACGAUUCUCUUUUCUUUUUCCCGCCUCCUUCGUCUCCAUCGACUCGCCGUCCGAGGCCGGAGAACCGAUUCGACUCCAAAACCAAAACCUUUUCGGCUUGCUUUGGCCGGUAGGCGUUGUGUGCGCUAGCUAUCCCCGAAGCAGUUAGCUGUCGCAUUCUCGGGAGGUGAGCAUACCGGAUUUCACAGAGAAGAUGAGGCGAGGAAGGGCGCACCGUGAACAGUGAGCACUGCGCGAGUUAGUUGUCACCGCGGAGAACCAGCACUUAAACCAGAACUUACUCCAACACCGACUUCCUCCCCUGCGAGCGGGUGCAUUUUGAAACUCGCCUCUCUUUUGUUUCUCCGGACGCCUUCGAAACCCUCGUCUGUGGGAUGCUCAGCGAGCGGCGGCGGCCUUGAGCCCUCGGAUUUUCCGGUGUCAUCUCUCCUGCGACAGUAUGCCCGCCUCACCGUACCGGCAGCUGGAUUUGGAGCGCGGAAGCGCCGACAAUGGCGGUGGCUUCCCCUCCGGCAACUGUUUCGACAUCCCGCAUAAGAACGCGUCUAUUGAUCGUCUCAAGAAGUGGAGGCAAGCAGUACUUGUGUUGAAUGCUUCUCGUCGGUUUAGAUAUACCUUGGAUUUAAAAAAGGAGCAAGAAAAGGAGCAGAUAAGGAGUAGGAUUCGUACCCAUGCUCAAGUCAUUCGGGCUGCGUUGCUUUUCCAAGAAGCAGGGCAAAGGGCAACAUCAGGCACCUCUGUUCCUAGGGCAGCACUUCCUUCAGGUGUGUUUGGAAUUGGAGAGGAGCAACUAACUAAAUUGACGAGAGAUCAUGAUUUUUCUUCUCUACAAGAGUAUGGCGGGGUAAAAGGUCUUGCAAAUUUGCUAAAAACUAAUUUGGAGAGAGGAAUUAGAGAUGAUGAUGAAGAAAUAGUGCAUCGGAGGAAUACGUUUGGGGCUAACACUUACCCUCAAAAGAAAGGAAGGAGUUUUUGGGUCUUCCUUUGGGAAGCUUGCCAAGAUUUAACUCUCAUCAUUCUGAUGGUUGCUGCAGUCUUGUCAUUGGUGCUGGGUAUAAAGACAGAGGGUAUUAAAGAAGGAUGGUAUGAUGGUGGAAGCAUUGCCUUUGCAGUUAUUCUUGUUGUUGUAGUAACAGCUUUCAGCGAUUAUAGACAGUCAUUACAGUUUCAAAAUCUGAAUGAGGAGAAACGUAACAUACAAUUGGAGGUAAUUAGAGGUGGUCGAAGAAUCAAAGUCUCUAUUUUUGAUCUCGUAGUUGGUGAUGUUGUUCCUCUCAAAAUUGGCGAUCAGGUCCCUGCUGAUGGGAUACUAAUAAGUGGCCUUUCUCUUGCUAUUGAUGAAUCAAGUAUGACUGGGGAGAGUAAGAUAGUCCAGAAAGAUAAAAAAUCUCCCUUUCUAAUGUCUGGAUGCAAGGUUGCUGAUGGAUAUGGUAAUAUGCUGGUAACUGCAGUUGGGAUAAAUACUGAAUGGGGUUUGUUGAUGGCUAGUAUUUCAGAGGAUACUGGUGAAGAAACUCCACUGCAGGUACGCUUGAAUGGUGUUGCUACUUUCAUUGGCAUAGUAGGGCUGACUGUAGCUGCUGCUGUUCUAGUAGUCCUGCUGGUUAGAUACUUUACUGGACAUACAAAGAACCCAGAUGGAUCUGUUCAAUUCAUAAAGGGACAGACAGGUACAAAGACUGCUGUAAACGGAGCCAUCAAAAUCUUGACAGUUGCAGUAACAAUAGUGGUUGUUGCGGUGCCUGAAGGGCUUCCAUUGGCUGUUACCUUAACCUUGGCUUAUUCUAUGCGGAAGAUGAUGACAGACAAAGCCUUGGUAAGAAGGCUUUCAGCGUGUGAAACUAUGGGUUCAGCAACAACUAUUUGCAGCGACAAGACUGGAACUUUGACCUUGAAUCAGAUGACUGUUGUGGAGACAUAUGUUGGUGGAAGAAAAAUAGUUCCUCCAGACAGUGCUGAAUCAAUAUCUUCUACUGUGUGCUCUUUUUUGAUCGAGGGAAUUGCUCAAAACACAACCGGCAGUGUCUUUGAACCAGAGAAUGGUGGUCAUACUGAGAUCACUGGAUCACCUACUGAAAAAGCCAUCCUCUCGUGGGGUGUCAAGCUUGGAAUGAGGUUUGAUGAUGCAAGAUCUAAAUCGUCAAUCAUUCAUGCUUUUCCUUUCAACUCAGAGAAAAAACGUGGUGGCGUAGCAAUCCAGUCAGACGAUGAUGUCCGUGUACAUUGGAAAGGUGCAGCUGAAAUUGUUCUGGCUGCAUGUACCAGUUGGCUUGAUGAAACUGGCUCCAAGAAGUCAUUGGAUCCAGCGAAGGUUAAUGAAUUCAAGAGGCAAAUUGAAGACAUGGCUGCAGCUAGCCUCCGAUGUGUUGCUUUUGCAUACAGGUCUUAUGAAAAGGAGAGGGUUCCAAAUGAGGACCAGAUAGCAAGCUGGCAAUUACCCGAGGAUGAUUUGAUUCUGCUUGCCAUUGUGGGGAUGAAGGAUCCUUGCCGACCUGGUGUAAAAGAGGCUGUGGACUUGUGCACUCAUGCAGGUGUCAAGGUACGCAUGGUGACUGGAGAUAAUCUUCAGACUGCCAAAGCCAUAGCUUUAGAAUGUGGAAUACUUAAAGAUCCAAACGCACGUGAGCCAAUUCUAAUUGAAGGAAAAAUAUUUCGUGACAAGACUGAUUCACAAAGAGAUGCAAUUGCUGAGGAAAUAACAGUGAUGGGGAGGUCUUCCCCAAGUGACAAGCUGUUACUUGUCCAGGCAUUGAAGAGAAAGGGCAACGUGGUCGCUGUUACAGGAGAUGGUACUAAUGAUGCUCCUGCAUUGCAUGAGGCAGACAUUGGUCUAUCUAUGGGCAUUCAGGGAACAGAAGUAGCUAAAGAGAGUUCUGAUAUCAUUAUCCUCGAUGACAACUUUGCAUCUGUUGUAAAGGUUGUCCGUUGGGGUCGUUCUGUGUAUGCUAAUAUCCAGAAAUUUAUCCAGUUCCAGCUCACUGUAAAUGUUGCAGCACUGAUCAUUAAUGUCGUUGCUGCGGUCUCCUCGGGCAAUGUUCCUCUAAAUGCUGUUCAGCUUCUGUGGGUCAACCUCAUCAUGGACACUCUAGGAGCGUUGGCUUUGGCUACUGAACGACCAACAAACCAUCUUAUGGAUAGAGCCCCUGUGGGAUGGAGGGAACCUCUCGUCACCAAUGUCAUGUGGAGAAAUCUGAUAAUUCAGGCUGUGUAUCAAGUCACUGUUCUUCUGAUUCUCAACUUUGGUGGUAGAAGUGUUCUGCAAUUGAAAAAUGAGAACCGAGCACAUGCUGACAAAGUGAAGAACACCUUUAUCUUUAAUACCUUUGUCCUAUGCCAGGUAUUCAACGAGUUCAAUUCCAGAAAACCGGAUGAAUUGAAUAUAUUCAGCGGAAUCACAAAAAACCAUCUCUUCAUUGGGAUAAUAGGCAUCACUGUUUUGCUUCAGGCGUUGAUAAUUGAGUUUCUCGGUAAGUUUGCCUCGACUGUCAGGCUUAAUUGGAAGCUAUGGCUAGUUUCAAUAGCAAUUGCCUUCGUAAGUUGGCCUCUAGCAUUCAUUGGAAAACUUAUCCCUGUACCCAGUAUACCUUUCGGAGAGUAUUUCGGAACGUGUUAUACCUGCAACAAGGGGAAAGAUGACCACUCUUCGGAUGCUCGGCAACAAGGGAAUGGAUCCUAAGCCUUCGGCUAUAUCUGUCAUGACCACUUUUUGUGAUAAUCAAAGUGACUGACCAUAGUAGCUACAUAGUGUGUAUACCGAGUUGUCUCCUUCACUCCAUUGUACCAUUUGGCUUCUCUUACAGGUGCAACUGUAUUAUUGGAUAGAGAUAUCUGAUUUUCUAUACUCUUCAGUUUGCCUUUGUCUUGA